CGUCAAACGUCACGUGCCAAACCAAACACACACACACCUUGAUGCGGGAUAACACAAUUUCUGGAUGUAGCCGAGUGUUGACGUAUCGAGCUGCUGGAGCACCGUGAAAGGUUCGGAUCCGGCACACUAACUAAGGCAUGCCACUGGAUCCAGAGGCUUCAUGUCUCCCUGGAGCAGCUGUGUUGUGUUUGUUUUACACAACAUGGCGGCCACCAUCGGCCCGCUCUAGCCGAUGUGGCAGCGACCAGUGGCCGCAGAGAGCUGCGCGUGGUGCGGGUGUGACACGCUGAGAAGAUGGACGUGAUCUCUCUCAGCUCGGAGGACUCAGACCUGGAGAUCCUCGGCUCCAUGUACUCGCCCGGGGCCCCGCCCAUCUCCUCUGACGUCAUCCGCACGGGUUUUAUCGACCUCACGGAUCCAAGGUGGAUAUUUCCAGAACAGAAAAAACGCAAACUACAUAAUUCUACCCCGAUCUUGGCCGUGAUAGACUUGACUGAAAAUGAAGCAGCAGACGGGACAGAAGAGAUGAACACUGAAAACCAACCCUCAAUCAAACAGGAUUCAACUGUUUUCGCACCACAGCAGGACUGUGGUGACCUGAAGCCGGAGCUCAGCGGUUUGGAUCCUCAGACUCAAAACCAAAAGAAGAACACUGUCGUACAACCCUGCUAUCACACUCCAGUAGUAAGAUUGAGACGACUGCCAUUUCUCGAAGCGCUUGUUAGCGAUUUGGAAGCAUCCAAAUCUUCUGUCCAUUUAACCGAAGACUGUACAAACAAUUCACCAAGCUUUAAACAACUGGGCAAUAUUAACAAGGGUGCACCAGAAUCCAUGAUUACAGCAUCCAUUGUUCAAUGCAUGGAACCUUCACUUGAUGAGUCUUCUCCUAAGGUCGCAGAGUCUCUUAUCAUAGAGGAACAGCAGGAGAACAAUCAUGAAUUUUCUAGCACACAUUUACACUACCUCGCUGAUUACACAUCCCAUAACUCUCCCACCACCAGUCUGAACCCUGCUGAGCUGCUGGACCCUGACCCUCAGCCACACAGAUGUCCCGUCUCUCGCGAACCUCAAGUCGACCCACCUCCCACGUGUGAACGCACGCCAGCCGAAAACACAUCUGAACGUCAGUCGGAUGGGGCUGAAAUUGAAAGGCCCUCAAACAGCCCUGACUCCUACUGUAGCAUCCCCGGUGAACCUCCUUUGUCGGUAUCUAAAACCGAGGACAUGGAUGAAGGGCCUGGGAACGAGGCGUAUAGAGGGGAUUUGGAAUCUGACAGUCCAAUGUCGUUCUUCUGGCAAGACGAAAGUGACGAAGUUAACGAAGAAAACCGAUUUCAGAGCACCAUCAUGACGGCCAGUGAAGAGGACAGGCAUUUUGUCUGCCCAGAUGCACUCAGGGAAAUAAUGUCUGGAUCCUACCGAGACCUGAUGAAUGUGGAAUAUGAAGAUUUUGGAACUCCGAAGCUGCUCUGCCGUCAGAGCCUGGGCCAAGUGUACUGUACCAUUGACGAGGACUUCCCAGAGGGCACUUUGGAGCUCUUGUCUGAUCUACUACAGCCGGGUUUCUAUCCCCCCAGAGAUAUCUCUACCCAUCUACUGCGCAACAUUCUGCUCAACCCACAGCGUCCCCAUCACCUGUGUGUGCAGGCGUUUAAUCUGCUGAUGAGGACACAGAGGCACCACAUGGCUGAUAAAACCACAGUUCCAUGGGACUGGGAGUUGUUGACCUCAGUCGUGGCCAAUCAGGACUGUAUAAGUAAACAAUGUGAGGUUGUGCGCAUGUUCCUGGAGUACGUCGUGCAGACACUACAAGAUGACUUCCAGGCCAAGCGCUCUGUUUCCGCCCUCCAUCUUUCCAUCACUAAAGCCACAUUGUCAUGCGAUCAGCAGUUUCCUCAAGUCAGGGAAGUCAUCAAGUGGCUGUUUUCUGCCAUUAUGAAAUCGACAGAGUACGGGGAGAGUAGAGAAACAGUCAGAGAGAAAGAUGAACAAAUCAGAAUGGUGCUCGUCUUCCAGAGGAUGCUGUCUCUGGCUCUGGAGGUGGACCACUCUCCAGCUCUCAGCUCCAUCAAACUGGCCCAGGAGCUGUUCCAUAUGCUCAUCAGCAGUGAGCCUUUUCGAGCAUGCAGGAUGUUGCUGCUGGAGAGCCUGCAGAGCAAGCUGUUGACAUGUAAGCUGUUGGAACAUCUGUUGGACUACGCAUGUCCGCUGAAAACCUCUCUACCCAUGUCGCUAAGUCUGCUGCUGCACUUUCUGAAGAACUGCACUCUCACACCAGACCCCACGGAUGGUGCAGAGAGGUGGAAGAGGUGGGAAGAGUUGGUCCAUCUACUCUGGAUGUUGCUGCUCAGCUACAACAUAGCGAUGAAAGAAAUCCUGUGCAGCUCUGUCGGUGAACAAAGGGACAUGGUGAGCACCAUGGUCUACAAGCCAGAUGAUAAGAUAUCCAGGUCAGCCACUCAUGAAGCUGUGGACGCCUUUCUGUCCAGAUCCCGGGCUGACCUUGACCAAGCAUUACCUCUCCACGUGGAAGAGUCGCUCUCCUAUCUACAGAAUUACCUGCUGGAUGUCUGCCAAUGUUGAAUUAAAUGUUGAUCUGAUGGAAUCUUAUUCGCUGAGCCCAUUGUUCUCAGCGGAGUUCCUGAAUUAAUUUAUUUGGUACAAUUUCCUUUGUGUAUUUUUAAAUAAAGGUUGUGCUGUGAAGUGAA